GAUAAACUUCCAUAUGGCGCCAUCUUGUGGCAGUCUUUAAAUAUCAUAUUGUGUUGGUCUUUUAUUAUCGCCAAAAUAUUUGGGGAAAAGAUUGUCAUAACGCCUUUUAGGUUAGUUGCCAUGGGGGAAAAGGGACUAAAAAAAACUUUCCACGUUUCCCAAUGACAUUGGAGAAUGUGGGGCGUUCGGACGGUUAGCUAUAGCAUCAAUGCACCAGCGUCGUAAACAACAGGGGAGCUGCUGUUAACACUUGCUGGCUUCUUAAUAUUAAUUUUUAUGUGAACAUUACAAAAAAAUACACUUUACACUGGAUUCUCCUCAUUAAUAAGUCUUUUAGACAUGCCAGAAGACGAUACGUAUUCCAAAUAAAAGGCACGGCGCAAGGAUUGCGUACAGUGUGUGACUAUGGAUCCGAGCUCCAGUGCUUCUACUGUUCCAGCAGCUUUGACUGUGCAAGUGUGUUUCCCUUCUGCCCGUGCUGCUGUUCUUGACAACCUGAAUCACCAACGAGAGGAGGGCCGGCUGUGUGACCUCUCCAUCCACGUGCAAGGCAAAGUGUUUCGGGCCCACCGCUGUGUGCUGGCUGCAUCCUCGCCUUACUUCCAUGACCAGGUGUUACUGAAGAAUGUGACAACAGUUUCCCUUCCGUCAGUCAUGGACCCAGUCGCGUUUGAGAGCGUGCUAAGUUCGGCGUACACAGGCCAGCUGAGCAUUGUUCACGAUGACAUUGUCAACUACGUCACCGUAGCCAGCUUCCUCCAGAUGUGGCACAUCGUAGACAAAUGCACCGAGAUCCUAAAAAGACCUCGGCCGUCGGCAGAGAUAACCGCAGCGGACGCGGUUCAUGCCGCCGGCGCAUCGAGACAGCAGUCACCGAGCAGCACUGACUGUUUGUAUCUAGAGAGAGAGGGGAGGAGGAAAGAGGCUAAACCUGACGCCUUGCCUCCUUUGGCUACUUGGAGGCGCCCGCAGCAAUUUUCAAGAUGGGAGAGCUCACGGCCCUCGCCAGCGCAGCACUUGGCCGACUCCCAGCUGGAUGCCCUCCCAUACGCAGAGAACGAUUACAUCUGCUGCGAAGAGACUUGCGGUGGCAAAAGUGGCCAUUUCGCCCACGGUAGUCCCGGUGCAGAAAUGCUGAAGCAGAAACUCCGGUGUCAGCCUCGAGGGGCUUUGCCGAGUGUCGACAGACACAAUGAAAAGAGUACUAGCGGCGAGGACGGUGAAACACUGCAGAGGAAGAAGAAUGACAAACGAGAGCUCGAGGCUGAUGAAGGAAUUGGAGACGAGGCAGUGGAGAAGAAGGAGGGAUUUGCACAAAUGGGAGACUUGCAGCCCAUGUUAGUCGAGAAUGACGAGUCAAGACGAGCCACGGUCAAGGUGAGUUUGGCGGGCGCGCGAGAUAAAGCGCAGAUGUUAUCCAGUGUCCCGCCGUGCCAUAAAGCCGAAAGCCCUUUGGGAGAACCCUGUGCCGUUUUAGCCCGAGUGCAGUGGCAAACGGGUCCCUGGUCUCAUCAAGAGUCCAGACCACAGGAGGGGGAGAUGGUCGGUAAAGCUGAGGAGGGAUUUCAAUGUCAAACAGAGGGCAGGUUUAACUCAGACACAUAUGAUGAAAUCGAAGAUGGGACGGGUCAGGUUUCCCAGAGGCCUCUGGUGCCUGCGUCGCCCGACUUCACCAUGGCUGCCUCGGAUGGAGGCUGGCCCCCCACCAGCGUCGCGCCGAGCGGUUCGUCGUUAACCCUCUCCUCCGGUCGUCAUUUGCCCCCCAUUUCCGCCAAUCUGCCGCCACCCACGUCGCCCCCAACGCCGUCGUCGUCGUCGUCAUCCUCGGUAACCAUGGCGAGCGCUCCCUACUCGGGCAAAGUCCACUUUUGCCACUGCGGCAAAGCUUUUACGCUGAAGAGCAUGCGCGACCGCCACGUGAAAAUGCAGCACCUCAACCUGCGGCCGUUCGGCUGCCCCGUCUGCAACAAGUCCUUCAAGAUGAAACAUCAUCUCACCAAGCACCUGAAGACCCACGGAGGACUGCGGCCGUACGAGUGCGGCGUGUGCGGGAAGAAGGUCAUCUGGAGAGACAGCUUCCUGAGGCACCAGGCCAGAUGCGAGAGGAUCGCUUCGUCCGAUAACGACACGGGCUCGGCUCGGCCCGACAUGGACAACGGCUACGGUUACGCAUACGACGGCGGCGGCAAUGCUUUCCUGUCAAUGGGAGGACAAGUGAAAGUGGAGGAGGCGGAUUUCCACGGGGAAAUGGAGGAUGGGAUGAGUGGGUUGCUGGGAAGCGUGUCCGGGAUUGUGGACGAACUAAGAACUCAACAUUUGGACACUAGUGGCCAUGUUUACAAAGAGGAGGCGGGAGAGAGCUUUGGGGAAACAAAGUAGUUUUAAAUUGGAUCUACAAUAAAAAAGAUAACGUAAAUGAUCAUCGCUAACUAUUAUUUAUGAAAACUUUCUUUGACAGUGGCAUAAAAUGUUCCCUCUCUUGCCACUUCAUUAGGUACACCUUCACGGUAUAGAUCCAAUACAACUGUGGUAUAAAAUACCCAGGUCAAAGAGCACCUUAGAAAAAUGCUGGUCAUACUAUAUUUGUCCAAAAGACAAUCUUUGCAUUUACCCUUUGUGUUUCUCUAUGGGCUCUCUUAAUAUUGUGCCUAAUGUUGUGGCCGUUGAGUGUGUAAAAGAUUGCUCAUUACCAAUUACAGUCAACUCUUAAUUGUAGAAUUACACUUACUGUGCCUUUGCAUUAAAACUGUUAGUGUACUGUUUUUGUGUGAUAUUCUGCAGACGGAGAUUAAAAAUUCCUCUGAGCGUUA